UCCACCGGUGGGGAUUUUCCGGUGAUUUAUUUUGACUUCCGGUGAAGGCGCAUGGCGGCGUCAAGGAGGCGUGUUCGAAGAUUUAAAUCCCCACGCAUGCGCCGACGGCCGAGAGUGCUUGCUGGGUGCGCCAUUUUUUUUUCCGCUGGCUUCCAUGGAGGGAGCGGAGUCGGGCAGCCGAUUUUGGGGAAAAGCACGCCAGUCUCCGGACAUGAAGCACCACAAGGAUAACGAGUAACGCCGAGCGGUAGGACACGCAUUUGUUUGCUUGAGCGCCAAGUGUUCCGUUUCGCAAUUUUGCCGUCGAGAGGUGGCGGCGGUCGCUCCCAAGUCCCGAGUCUUAAUGGAUCCCAGGAGCGCUUGGAUCCAGCCUGAGCAGAAGGGACCUGCCAAUUCGUUAUGGAUGCACAUUUGGGAAACGUCUCAGGGUUUUGCCCCGAAUUCCGCCGCCGAAAGCCACGCUCCGGGGUUCAAGGCCGUCUCCGCGGAGUCCCGCGGCGAAUACCGUAAAAGCGCAGCGCCGCCGCUCGGUGCCGUGUUCGGGAAAGUGUCGAAGCGAGACGGCGGCGGAGAGAGGGGGAGCGCUCGGAGGAAGGGCUCCUUGUCGCCGUCGUCCUCCUCGCUCGACUCGGAGGCCGAGAGCUCGUCUCCGUCCGGCUCUUCUCUCCAGAUAGACAAUUUAAACGUGUCGGAGGAGGCGAGCAGGUUUUUACACUACGGCGAACACGAGCUGGACGACAGCGACGCGAGCCAGCGGCCGGCGCCGCCGCCUCCGCCUCCGCCCCCUGCUCCUCUUGCUCCCGCUCCCGCUGCCGCUCCGGAUCCUCCGCCUCUGCCUCUCCACGCUGCUCCCCGACAUUGUCGCAGCGGCGGCGGCGGCGGCACGCAGCAAUCCGUCGGCCACACCCCCGCCAGGAUGAAGAACCAACACGCGAGCAAGCAGCACCAUUAUUCCACGUCGGCCCGCAGGCGGUACCUGAACCGAGCCAACUCGUUCCACGGCGGCCUCCCGCAGCCGGCCCACAGCUGCGGCGACUCCUGCAGUCUGUGGAAGACGAGGCGCUACAGCCCGGGGGUCAACGGUCUCCACGAAGAGAUAGUUGACUUUUUCAACUUCAUGUCACCGCGACCGGAGGAGGAGGCCAUGAGAAGAAACGUCGUGAACAGAAUCGAAAGCGUCAUCAAGGAACUCUGGCCCACGGCUCGGGUGGAGAUAUUUGGCAGCUUCAGCACGGGUCUCUAUCUUCCAACCAGUGACAUCGACCUGGUGGUGUUCGGGAAGUGGGACCACCCCCCGCUGCAGGAACUGGAGCAAGCACUGAAGAGACACAACGUGUCGGGGCCGUACCCCAUUAAAGUCCUCGACAAAGCUUCCGUGCCCAUCAUCAAGCUCACGGACCACGAAACCGAGGUCAAAAUUGACAUCAGCUUUAAUGUGGAGACUGCCGUCAAAGCAGCGCAGUUCAUUAAGAGCUACCUGAAGAAAUACACUGUUCUGCCACCUCUCAUCUUCGUCCUGAAGCAGUUCCUACUCCAGAGGGAUCUGAAUGAAGUUUUUACUGGAGGCAUCAGCUCGUACAGUCUUAUACUGAUGGCGAUCAGUUUCCUACAGCUGCACCCCCGCAUUGACACGCGGCGCGCGAACAUCAACUUGGGCAUCCUCCUGAUUGAGUUUUUCGAGCUGUACGGACGCGACUUCAACUACAUGAAGAUGGGCAUCCGUGUGAACGGGGGCGCUUACCUGUCCAAAGAGGAGAUGCUCAAAGCUAUGGGGAACGGGAACAGGCCGUCUAUGCUCUGCAUAGAGGAUCCAAUACAGCCAGGUAACGAUGUCGGCCGAAGCUCGUACGGAGUCUUGCAAGUGAAGCAAGUGUUUGACUUUGCUUACAUGGUGUUGAGUCACGGUGUGUCUCCACUCGCUCGGGCUUACCCCAACAAAGAGUAUGAAAGUACUUUGGGUCGUAUCAUCAAAGUUUGCCCAGAGGUUCUUGCGUACAGAGACUGGACUAUUAAGACAUGGGGAGUCAAGCAUUAUUCCAACCAGGGGACUCAUGAUGUCGAGACGUGUGAGCAGGACCUCGCCAGACUGAUGUUGGUGUCGUUGGAGGAUCAGCGAGACACGGCCUCGCCCCUCAGCGCCGAUUCGUCCUCGCCCUCCCCGGUCUUCCUCAACAGCCCCGAGCACCAUUCUUCGUCGUCCUCCCCCAGAUCAAACUCCUCCUCCUCCUCCUCCUCCUCCUCCGGGAGUGACAUCGAAUCGGAUCCUCCUCUCAGCACUAACGGAGUCCAUCUCCAGUCCCUCAACCUGGCCUCGGUCCAUUCGAUAAUGCAAAUGGCUGCACAUCCAGCAGGCUUUAUCCACACCGCACCGCAGUUCUACCAUAAGAACCUGCCGUCAGUCAGCCUGGUGCACCGGCACAUGGCGCAAGCCGCAGUCUCCCUGCAGUCCAACUCCACAAGCCCUCUCCCCAGCCCCCUCCACCAACUCCACCAACCCCGGAUGGGGGGGCAGCACCAGCACACCUACGCCGUUCCGCUCGAGUCCCAGGGCUCCUUCGAGGCCCACAAUUUCGGCUUCAAGCACAGCCAAAGCAGCAGCCUCCGUGGCCAAAGUCGCUCCCAAGGUAGUUUCAGUCCCCAACGGCGGUUUGUUCCUCAGGGCCACAACGCGGAACCGGGUUUGAGGAACCAGCAGCAGCAGCAGCAGCAGCAGCAGCAGCAGUACAACUGCAACACCUGGCGACGCAGGAAGAGGGAAAAUCUCCCAGCUCUGAAUCAGAGCAGAUGAAGGACCGAAGAAGCACUGAUUAAUUGACGAACUUGCACUGGACGUCAAUUCCGAUCGUCUUCAAUUGUUUCAAGUGAGCAGUACUCAAUUUCUGCUAACGUUCUGCCGGCGCGAAGCACUGACCCCCCCGACUCUGGCAGGUGAAGGACGGCGGUCUUAACUGUACUUGAAGAGCCUCAAAAAAAACGUUUGGCCUUUUGGAAAGACUCCCUCCGGACCGGAAGGGCGCCAGAGUUGAGUCGAGAGCCCUGACGCGGUCCUCACCAGCGUCCCUUCCGUGAAAGCAAAGUCAUGUGCCAUAAGUAGCCAACGGGUUCGUUAAGCCUUACCCUCGGUCCUUCUCACUUUUAACUCCCGCUGGGACCUUUUGGAUCUGUUCUUCGGUUGUUUUGCUCUUGACUAAUUUCUUACUCUCAACGCGCGUCGUUCUCACAUCUCGGACUUUUGAGUCUCUUUGGACUGAAGCGACGCACUACCUUCCUUUCGAGCUAUGCAGCACAACGCUGACUCAACGUUUCGGGUGUGACGGCACAAAAAAAAAAAAAACUGACCUUCUCAAGUGCUUAAACUGUGAUGACUCGUUUGAAUGUACCGAGUGGUGUUUGUGUGUGUUGGAACUGACGUUCGCUCGUGUUUGUCACUGAGGGAUUUCUUUUUUUUUUUUUUUUUUUUUUUUUUUUUUUUUUUUCGUUCACAUUGGCACUUUAAUUUCGUUGCAUUCAUGUGCAAUAGUACAUUUUUUUUAAUUUAAUUUAUUCACGUUUUAGUUUUCAUUUUAGCAUUUUGAUCUC